AACUAACAAGUCAGAAGAGGAAAGGAGAGUGAUUCGACGAUUCUUCCGAUAGAGAGGGGGUGAUUCCCAUUACUUCUCUCGUGCUUUCGCUUUUCCGUCCAGUGUGUUUCGCCACUGAGGAACCCGCGUGCCUUGCGUUUUAACGCGAAGAAUUAGAAAUUUAUACAAAAGCGCAAGUAUGUCCGCACAAAGGACAAUGUUCGUGAAUAAACAGUUCAACUCUCCUAUCAAUUUGUAUUCACCUCAAGCAAUACAGGAAGCCUUGGACAGACAAACUCAAGUUUUAUCUAAUGGCGCAGUUGGAAUUGAUUUCAAUCAGCUUGCAAAACCAGCAAAUUUACAAAAUAGCGCGGUUUUACGAAUGCUCGAAGAAGAAGAGGCUAGGCAACGAGCUGGUCAAGCUGGUCUCAAGCGCGUAGCUUGGCCACCACCUCCGGAAGAUCAAGAUUUCGACUUUAUAGAGCAAGGACCUAUACAAGCGAAGACCCGUGGAAUCGGUGAUCUCGCCUCGUACCAGAGCAGUCCCUCAUCAGGUUCAUCACCUCAGCCGCCCUCAACGAUAGCUCGUUCCUCGACUCGGAGUGCCAUACCAUCCUCUCCAUCCCCGGUUAGUCCUGGUGGAACAUUGCGACAACCGUCAUAUUUUCAAUCAACGCCAAAGGGUUGGCAUCCGGUUACACCACCGGCAACUUCACCGCAACAAUCGAUUCAACCAAAUUGGUACAAUCAACAGCAACAACAGAAUCAGCAAUUUCAACAGCACUCUCAAGAUUAUACUUCUCUACGAUCGAUACAAAAUCAAGCUCCUACGACAUUUGAAGCACCACCAUCCACAAUCAUACUUCGCCCAGAGCCUCCAAUCUCACAGGCACCAGCGCCAGUUUAUCAAGCACAACCUGCUGCAACUAAGGCUCCCAUAAGUGGAAAUAUGAGAGGAGAUCUGAAGUGGCCGCCACCAUCAGUUAAAGCUCAAACAGAAGCUGAAAACAGAGCUAGAAUGGAAUUGGCAAAAGGUCCUGCUUUUAGGCCUCGUAGGGUGCAGAAAGAUUAUUCCGGAUUUUUCGCUCAACAUGCUUUGAAUAAUACAUAUCCAGGUUAUCGAGCUCCACCAGGCACUCAAUAUUUUACUCCUUCUUAUCAUCAUUAGCAAAUUUAUUCAAAAAUUAUUUACUUUUCUCGUAAUUUUGUCCUGAGCUCGAUUUUUUAUAACUUUUGCGAGAAUCAUGAUGCAUAUUUUAUUCGAAUGCUGCAGAAAUUCUUUUAAAUUUUAAACAAAAAAACAAAAAAAUCACUCAGGAUCAUUCUCAUUGAAUUUCGAAAUUUG